AUGUUCUCAGGAUCUGUGGCCACCAGCUGUGAGGCCUGUCACCAACUGGCUCGAUGCCACACCUCCCUCCAUGACAACAGUGUCCAGACUGUGGACAUGUCCUGCCGCUGUGGCGACGGUGUGGUGGGAGAUGGCUUCACCUGCUACAACAAAACCACCUGUAACAAUGCGUGCUGUGGCCGAGGCUACCGCUGGUCACUGCUCCAGGGCUGCGUGGACAUCGACGAGUGCUCACUGCCCCACCCCCCAUGUGGUCCAGGUGAGCUCUGCGAAAACACCCCAGGCUCCUUCUCCUGCCUAGUGACCCCUGUCCCAAAACAAAAUGUUGCUGCCAAACCCAAAUCCCGCUCAGUGAGGAUCGCCUGUGGCAACACUCAGUGCCCUUUUGGUCAGGACUGCCUCCAGUUGGACGGCACAGCUCGCUGCAUUGACCCGUGUCAGCACUACACUCCAUUACAAGAUGCCUGGAGAGCUACGGACUUCAAGGCCAACCCAGAGUCUGUAGCCUGUGACAGCCUCACCGACUGGCAGGGCUGGUAUCGCCUAUUCAUUGGUAACAGCAGCGUUCAGAUGCCGGAGCGUUGCAUUGAGAGUCACAUGUGUGGGACUGAUGCUCCGCUGUGGCUCCAGACCCCCCACCCAACAACUGCACAGGGCAUCAUACAGGGGAGGGUUUGUGGCAGCUGGGAGGGAGGCUGCUGCCAGUUUCAGUCCCACCCCAUCCACAUGAAAGCCUGUCCAGGAAACUACCAGGUCUACAAGUUUGUGAGCCCGACUCUGUGUCGGCUGGCUUACUGUGCAGAUGUCAACACCACGGUGUGUAACACCUGUGCUGAAGGUGAGACCUGUGUGAGCAGUGACAAGAUCAACUGGAGGUGUGAACGUCAGGCUCUCCAGUCUCCAGUCCUGAGACUGGUGAACGGUGACUCGGUGUGCUCAGGUAGAGUGGAGAUCUUCUAUAACAACCAGUGGGGAACAGUUUGUGAUGAUGCCUGGGACAUUAAUGAAGCCCGGGUGGUCUGCAGACAGCUGAACUGUGGCUCCGCCCAGUCUGCAACUUCUGCUGCCAGGUUUGGACAGGGGGCCGGACCGAUCUGGAUGGAUGAUGUUGGCUGUGUAGGCAGUGAGUCUGCGUUAUCACAGUGUCAGCACCGGGGUUUCGGCACUCAUAACUGCAACCAUGGUGAAGAUGCUGGUGUCAUCUGCUCAGGUCUGCCAGGGGGUUUUCCAGAGCCAGAGCUGGUUUGUGGACAGGACUACCUGCGCCUGGCGGUCCAGAAGAGGGCGCUGCAGGAGCAAGGGUUGAAUGCCUCCUCCGCUCACCUGAUCGACCCACGCUGCCACCAGCAGGUCGACCAUCCGGAGGCGAUGUGGUACCUGGUUGAGCGAAGCAGGGGUGUCUGUGGAAACGUAGUGAAGACAAACGGGACCCACAUCACCUACUCCAACAUGUUGUUUGUGUACCCAGCUGAUCCGACCAACGUCUCUCUCCCCGUCCCGAUGAGCGUCCCGUUCACCUGCGUCUUCCCACUGGAUGAUGUCACCAGCCUCAACGCUGCCAUCGGAUACCAGCCACCAGGGGGUCGAGUUGGCGUGGUGCGUUCAGGUGACCCCACCAGAGCGUCUAUGACUCUGUACCAGAGGCCGGACUACAGCCAGCCGUUUCCCUCCGGCCCGGUCAGCCUGCCGCUCGGCUCCGCCCUGCACGUGGGCGUCUCCAUGGAGAACUACGACAACAACGGCUUCGUCCUCGUUCUGGAGAACUGUUACGUCACAAACUCUCCCAGCGCCAACGAUCUGGUCCAACAUGCCCUGAUCCAGAACCGAUGUCCAGUCGACCGUCGUCAUGUGGCGGUGGUUGAAAACGGACGGUCGCAGCGAGCUCGCUUCUCGGCACUGCUCUUCCUGUUCCACGGGACAUACAAUGAUGUGUAUCUGCACUGCAGGAUCAGCCUAUGUGACCGGGACAGCGGCCCCUGCAGCUCUAACUGUUCCAGACGACAGGCCCGGUCUGCUGGAGCAUCAGCCAAUCAGCUUCCAGUCACUGUUGGACCAAUCAGCUGGUUCUGA